CCGAGAGGUCUAGUCACAGCCAGCUUCUUACUCUCCAUCAUCAUCAUCAUCUGUGCUGAUAGAUAUCUUUUUUUUCUAAUGGGUAGCAGUGUUUUGUGGGUCUUCAUAUUUCUUGAGAUGAUCAUUGCUGUAGCAUGUUGUCUGGGCAAUGUGCUGGUGAUCUGGGCAGUGUGGACAUGUGGAGCCCUCAGGCAGCCCACCUUCUUCUUCAUUGCGUCCCUCGCUGUGGCUGAUUUCCUGGUGGGGUCUGUGGCCAUUCCUGUAGCUGUGGUGUGGGAAAUCCAUAUGAAGACCUCCUUUUAUGGCUGUCUUUUCAUGUGCUGUGUUUUCAUAAUGCUACAGUUGGCUUCUGGCUCUUUACUUCUGGCCAUCGCAGUGGACCGCUGUCUCCGUGUACGCAUCCCUCUGACGUAUAAGUCUACUGUUACUCAAAAACGCUCUUGGAUGGUGGUUGCAAUUUGCUGGUUCACUGCUGCUCUGUUGAGUUUUAUCCCCAUGUUUGGAUGGCACAACUAUAACACUUGGACUGGCACAACACUUGCAAACUCCACCAGUUUUGAAUGCAGUUUCUUCACUGUUAACAGCCGUUCGUAUCUAGUUAAUUUCAUAUUCUUCGGAUUCUUCCUUCCUCUAUUGGCUGUUGUGACAGGCUUGCACUGUUACAUCUUCCUGACCACUCGAAGGCAGUUCAGAGCAAAUAUAGGUGUGGCUACUGAGUCCCACACAUAUUACCAAAAAGAACACAGACUGGCUGCUUCACUGGUUCUGGUCUUGGGUCUAUUUGUUGUCUGUUGGCUCCCUCUAUUCCUCAUGCACACUAUAAAAUUAUAUGGUCCUAAUAUUGAGGUGCCCUCUGUCAUCAUUCACAUAGGUGUCCUCCUGUCUCAUGCUAAUUCAGCAGUUAACCCCAUAGUGUAUGCAUUUAGGAUCCCCAAGAUAAAAGAGGAGUUUAGGAAGCUGUACAUGAGAGUUUACCAUGACGGACAACAUCAGCAGACAGACAGUCCAAAAAACAGCAGGGCAAAAGACAGCAACACAGAAAACAGAAGUGCUACACAGGUGUGA